AUGAAUUUAGGUUUAAGACUACAACCAGAGGAUGCCAAAAACAUUGCUUUAUCGUAUAUUGAAGACUUAUUAAUGGUCCGUGGUGGUUCAAUUCUCAAAAGGAUACCAAACAUGCCUCAUCCAAAUUACGAACAAGCAAGUGAAUCCACCAAUAUUCUUAUUCAGGAUGAGCUCAAUUAUGACAGAAUAACUUUGAAAGAAGAACAUGACCACCAAUUUAAGUCAUUAACAGAUGAACAAAGAAAAGUUUAUGAAACCAUAAUGAGCGCGGUGGAUAAUGAAGCUGGCGGGGUUUUCUUUGUUUACGGAUAUGCAGGAACCGGUAAGACGUUUAUAUUGAAUACAUUAGCUGCUUCAUUGCGAUCAAAAGGUGAGAUAGCUAUAAACGUUGCAUCAAGCGCUAUUGCAUCAUUGUUACUUGAUGGUGGAAGGACUGCACAUUCACGGUUUGGCAUUCCUAAGAAGUUAACCGAGGAAUCGAUUUGUGACAUUAGUCCUGAUAGUGACAUGGCUGCAUUAUUAAGGAAAACGAAAUUGAUCAUUUGGGAUGAGGCACCAAUGUUGAACCGACAUUGUUUUGAAUAUGUAGAUAGAACCAUGAGAAAGAUUAUCUCUUCAAGAAAACCAUUUGGAGGGAAAGUUAUUGUUUUUGCUGGUGAUUUUCGUCAACUUCUCCCCGUCAUCCCUAGAGCAAGUAGGAAUCAGGUUGUUAGUGCUUCUUUAAAUUCCUCUUACAUAUGGAAUAGCUGUCAAGUCUUAAGGCUUACUGUUAACAUGAGAUUAAAAGUUGGCUCAAACAUAGCCGAUAAAAAGGAGAUUGAAGCAUUUGGAAAAUGGAUUUUGGAUAUUGGGGAAGGCAAAUUGGGUGGACCUAAUGAUGGAGAGGCAAUGAUUGAAUUUCCACAAGACAUUCUACUCGACGAUGAAGGUGAUCCUAUUGCUUCUAUAUCCUCGUCUAAGUAUCCUUCUCUUUCUGAACACCUAGAUGAUCCAGAGUACUUUCAAGAUAGAGCAAUUUUGAAGGAAAAGGUAUACUACAGUGUUGAUAGCAUAUGUCCGACUGAUGAUUGUGAUGUUUUUGAUGAGUUACCCUACACUUCAGAUAUUCCAAAUGCAGUAUCUGGUGUUCCAAGACACAUUUUAACUCUUAAGGUUGGAGUCCCAGUCAUGUUACUCCGAAACAUCGACCAAGCAAAUGGGUUGUGCAAUGGUACAAGAAUGCAGAUUAGGAAGCUGGAUGAGCAUGAUAUUGAAGCUAAAGUAAUAACAGGGAGCCAUAGCGGUAAUAUUGUCCACAUCCCUAGAAUGAAAUUGAUACCUUCGGAUAGUGGAAUCCAGACCAGACUCCAGAGAACACAGUUUCCUGUUGUCGUGUGCUUCGCAAUGACUAUACACAAGAGCCAGGGUCAGUCACUAUCCCAAGUGGGUUUAUAUUUAAAGAAACCGGUUUUUAGUCAUGGACAACUAUAUGUAGCUGUUUCACGUGUGAAAAGCAAAAAAGGAUUGAAGGUGUUGAUCCGUGAUGAAAAUAACAAGCCAGCCAACAAGACUAGAAAUGUUGUCUACAAAGAGGUCUUCCAAAACUUAUGA